UUGGCCAGGACGCGCCUGACGCGGGCUCCCGCUAUAAGUACUGCUCGCUGGCCGUCUGCGCCAGACGUUCUCGCCCAGAGUCGCCGCGGUUUCCUGCUUCAACAGUGCUUGAACGGAACCCGGCGCUCGACCCUUCCGACCCCAGCCGGCUGCUCCGAUCCAGAACCCUUUGCAACUUCGUCGCUUCGCCGCUCCAGCGUCGCCACCGCGCCUCGCCCAGCCGCUGCCAUGACCACCGCGUCUCCCUCGCAAGUGCGCCAGAACUACCACCAGGACUCAGAGGCUGCCAUCAACCGCCAGAUCAACCUGGAACUGUAUGCCUCCUACGUCUAUCUGUCUAUGUCUUGCUACUUCGACCGGGAUGAUGUCGCUCUGAGGAACUUUGCCAAAUACUUUCUCCACCAAUCUCACGAGGAGAGGGAGCAUGCUGAGAAACUGAUGAAGCUACAGAACCAACGAGGUGGCCGAAUCUUCCUGCAGGAUAUCAAGAAACCAGACCGGGAUGACUGGGAGAACGGACUGAAUGCGAUGGAGUGCGCACUGCACUUGGAGAAGAGUGUGAAUCAGUCACUCCUGGAACUGCACAAACUGGCUACUGACAAGAAUGACCCCCACUUGUGUGACUUCAUUGAGACCCAUUACCUGAACGAGCAGGUGAAAUCCAUCAAGGAACUGGGUGACCACGUGACCAACCUCCGCAAGAUGGGAGCCCCUGAAGCCGGCCUGGCGGAAUAUCUCUUUGACAAGCACACCCUGGGACACAGUGAUGACAGCUGAGCUGACUUCCCCAAAGCCACCAGUGACUUCACUGGUCACUGAGGCCGUGCAUGCAUGUCGGGCUGCCUGUAUCUUUUCUAAAAGUCGCACCAAAACAUCCGCUUAAGUUCUUUAAUUUGUACCAUUUCUUCAAAUAAAGAAUUUUGGUACCCAGCUGUGCGGUCUUUGAGAUUGAA